CACGUUCAGUAAUGGGGGAAUUGUUUAUUCCGCUAUGGCGGAAAGCAAAUGGGGAAGUUUGACACACAAUAUUUUAGAAAUAAUAUUCUCUUAUCUUGAUUUGUCUGAUUUACGUGGUUGUUCGCUGGUUUGUAAAAAUUGGUAUAAACUCCUAAAUGAUGAAGACAAUGAUGUGUGGCGAAUGCAUUGCGUCCGCAAACUCGCAGAGGAAGCUUUGCGAUCUGACAUUCUUUCUAGUGUACCAACUUAUAAAGCUAAACUUAGAGCAUUUUAUCACGCUUGGGACCCACACGAAUGUUCGCGAAAUGUUUAUAUUAAACCGAACGGUUUUACUUUGCACAGAAAUCCAGUAGCGCAAAGUACAGAUGCUGCCAAAGGUAAAAUAGGAUUUAGGACUGGUCGGCACUGCUGGGAAGUGUGGUGGGAAGGACCGCUUGGGACUGUUGCUGUCAUUGGUAUAGCGACUAAAGAAGCUCCUGUACAAUGUCCAGGAUAUGUUGCUCUUCUAGGAUCAAAUUCUGAAAGUUGGGGAUGGAAUUUGGUGGACAAUCAUUUGCUCCAUAAUGGAGAUAGCCAAGGAAACUAUCCUCAACUUAAUAACGCUCCAAAAUAUCAGCAAGUCAUGGAUUUUGCUCCCAUGGUGCCUGUGCAGGUUGGAGAACGAAUACGUGUGAUUCUCGACUGUGAAGAUAAUACGCUUGCCUUUGAAAGAAACUAUGAAUUUUUGGGAGUUGCUUUUCGGGGACUGCCUGACAAGAAACUAUAUCCUGCAAUUUCUGCUGUCUAUGGGAACACCGAAGUAUCUAUGGUUUACCUUGGCAAUCCACUAGAUGGCUGACAAAACUGCACUUAGUUUUAGGAGAAUUUCUAUUUGGAACCCAAAUUAGUGGUUGACUCCAAUAAUUUGGAUUUUUAACUAAGACUGCUUUCACAGUGCCAUGUUUGAUACCAAAUGCUGUCUUCAGUAUGCUUGAAAAGGUUGUUUGGAGUUAAAUUAUUGGUUAUUUUGACGAAUGUAAGAAUUCAUUCACUUGAUCAUGCUUAUUCAUGUCUGUGAAUUCAAAUGUAUAUUAUUCCAUGCAUCAGUAAGGUAAUUUAAAUCCUUAAAUGGCAUCUAGGAAGAGUGAGUGAGAUUAAAUUUAAUAAGGAAAUGUGAAUCUAAGUCUAUAUUUAAAUAUGAAAAUAUUUAUUUUGUAAAUGGAACUACCUAAUAUUUAUUGUUAGAGCAUUUAAAGGAAGCAAAACCAUUCCAUUUGCUCAAAAUCUGUGUUCCAGUUUAGUUCCAAAUGUGCAUGUUGUUUGUGUUGUGUAUGAUUUUCUUAUUUAUGAAUUUACUUAUGUCUUAAGUAGCUUUUUUUUUUUCCUCUUAUUAAUUGGAAUCGAAUUUUGAACCAUAUUUAUUAAACAAAUGAAAUUGUUUUUAUCUCUUUAAUCACUUCCUUUAGUACAGAUGUUAACUUAUGUACUCGUUAUCUCUGGUUUAAUUUUCUCAUUUGUGUUUUGUGAUUGAUGAUUUAAAUUGAAAAUCUAAUAAUGAAUUUUAAAAAUCUCCAUUUUCAUGACAGAAAAGCAAUAAGUUUUCUUUUUUAAUUUUAUUUUAAAUAAUAUAAAACCUACUUUAUGAUUGAAAAAAUUCCUAGGUAUAAAUUAUUUUAGACUUUUACAAUUUAUAAUGGUAUUAACUUUGUUGGAUCCAUAAAGUAUGAUCUUCAUUUAUUCUAAUAUUAAAAAAAUAAUUUAUGUCUGACGACUUUUCUUGCAUUAAAUAACAAUAUUUGUGUUUCGAUAUUGUUAUUGUUCUUUUAUCUUCUUAAUGUGAAGUACGGUUCCCUCUGCUAAUAAAAAUAUGAUUCAUUCUAGAGACAUUUUAUUUAAUUUAGCAGCUAAUUUUACUUAAGACCAUAUCUGCACUUUUUUAAAAAUAGAAGUAAUCAUUUGCUUACUAGUGGCUAAGUUUUGACGAGCAAAAAGUUUAAAAAAAAAAAUUCUGUGCUUUGUUCUCAUCUGGUAGCAGAACCUUCAUUAAUUCAAAUUUGGCUGCAACUUCAGCACUGUUUAUUGUACAAACCUCAGUUUAAUCUAACAUAUAUGUAGAAAAAUUAGCGAGUGUAAUGUUGUUAUGCAUAAGAAUUUUAUCUUUAAAUUUAAGUUUAAUUUUUACUAUGUUAACAAAAGUGGAAUAAAUCCCUAUAAAAUUAGGCCUGUAAUCAAGUAAAAAUUUCCACUUUUAGUUCUUUGAGGUGUUCUCUCAAAUCAGCUUUUUAAUUUAAUUUAAAAACAAGUUUAAAGGUGUUUUAAAAAGGAGUCUCAGCCAUUUUCUCAAUUUCUUUGUUUACUUUUAAAAAGAAAACUUACAUGAAAAAUAAUCUGUAGAUACUCUAAUAAUCUGCAACACUGGCUGCUCUGAUGAAGGUGUGGCAAUGGCCAUGAGUUAGAUUUCAUCCCUUCAAAGGGAAAAUAAUCGAUAGAAAACUCAAGCAGAAUGAAAAUGAACAUGGCAGGAUAAACAACAUCCUGUAGAAUCGAUUUGCACAUUUAAUGCUAACUAAUAAUUAAUUUGUUAGAAACCUGGUAUUGAAUAAUUGCUUCGCAUAAGUUUUUGCCUCAUAAAGUAUACAUGCAAUUAUAUUCACACAAAAAAUAAAUUAAUUAAAGACAAAGAGAAUUUGGGUAGUGAGCUAUAGUUUGCAAAAUAUUUAAAUAAAAUAUUCUUUUAAGAUAUUUUUUCUUGAGCUAUGCUUAAACGAAGUAUGUCCAUAGGGUUUGACUUUUAACAGCAAGCAUACAAUUAUAUAUACAGUGAAAAGUUUGGGUAAUUACGCCAAAAAAUUAUUCAAAUGAAAUGUCUUUCCCUCUAAUAUAUAUUUCAUCUAGUAUACUAUGGAUUUCAAAAGCCUUAAUUGAAAUAUUAAAAUGAUUCCUUGGUACUGUUUUAAGUUAUUAGACUAUGUUUAAAGUGUAUAUUACUUUUUUAAAAAGUGCUGUGGUAGCUAUUAAAUGUUUUAUUUUUUUAAUUGAUUUAUUUUAAUAAAAACGAAAAAUAUUAUUGCAUGGGAAUUAAAAUCCAUCUCAAGAAUUAUUACAUGAACUGCCUUAAUUGGAAUUAAUGUUUGCAAAUGUACGUAGUUGUCCUGAUUUUCUUGAAGAAAAAUAUUUUGUCCCGAUUUUUAGCUUUUCAUCCUAAUAUUCUUGUUACUUGUGUGUUAUAAAACAUCCUUUUUUUUUUACAACUACAAAUGCAGAGUUGGAGAUUUAUUUUAAGAAUCAAAAAAAAAAUAUUUUUAGAUUUUUGAUCCAACAUUUUUCUUAUUUUAAUUAAUGCUAGUAGUACCUUCCACUAAUUAUGAGACAAAUAGCCUAAGCCACAGUAUUAAUU